CAGUCACACGUCAUCUGCAGGGACACUGCAAGGAUUUCUUUUUCUGCCGGAAAAGUUGACGCUGCAAACUUAUUCUGGAAAGAGAGCCAUGAAUGUUUAGGUUUGUCCACAACGCGAGUGCUUGUUCGACCAUGGAGUGCAGCCUUUAUUGCCAGAUCUGUUGCAAAAGAUUUGUAGAGCUGCAUCGUUUUAAGCAACAUAUGACUACAAAAAUACAUCAACAGAAGCUUCAAGAUGUUUUCCAAAAAGGACGCAUAUCCUGCAAUUACCGGAUACCCUACAUUGCAUUUGUGGAUCCAAAAAACAAACAAUUUGAGUGUCAGAAAUCUACUGUUGGCCUGUCCCUGAUCACUCUGUGUUUCAGUCAAAAUCCUGAUUCAAGUUUUUACCUCUGCCAUGUUUGUAAUGAUAAAUGCUCCAGGAACACGAUUUUAUCCCACACAUCUUCAGAAAGCCACUGCUUUCACUACUUUGUAUAUACAAACCCAGAUUAUUUGAGUUUCUCCUGGAAACAAGACAUGGACAUGCUGACCCUUCUGGGGUGGAAGCUCAAAAGGGAAAGCAGAAAAUCUGAGCUUCAAACCUUGCAGUUAUUGCAUUUACCCCCACUGCUCAUUAAGAAGCUCAUGUCAUCAACCUACUCAGAAGUGAUGAAAACCUUAUGUGAAAAUGGCAAACUUCUUGAGCGGUUUGAAGCUAUACACCAAAACAGGGUGACUCUUCAAGGUUACCACAGCAACCACAACAGACAGCAUCCGCUUCUAGGACUGCAGCACAUUGUUGAAUGUGUUUCUUCUGAGCCGGGAGAAGCAUUGUACUACCUCUGCACACUGUGCCAGCUUUUGAUUCCCAGCCACACGAUCAUCGGACAUUUACUGAGCUUUGACCACGUACACUCGUAUUUUAAAGCGUGGCAUCCCUCAACACUGAUCUCAAAGGAGUCGGACAGGAGUAGUUUCCUGCUUGAUUGUGCAAAGCAAGCUGAGAAAAUUCAUGCUGCUGAAAAUAUUUCUGUGCAGCAAGUGAAAAUGCAGCCCGAUGUCUUCAAGUCUGUGAAUUUCAAUUCCUAUUCAGAAGCUUUGAAGAGCCUGGAAUCCGUCACAAAGAGAUGCUUAACCGUAAGCAUAAAACCAGGCGACAGGAUUGGUCAUCAUCAGGCCUCUGCUCCUUCAACUAAGGAGGUCAAGUGCAUGGUGCACUGCCAGAACUGCAGUAAAGGUUUCUCCAACAUGUUCAGGUAUUUGGAGCAUUUAGCAAGCAAAGAACACAUAAGAGUGAUGCAGGAACUUUCUCAAGAUUGGACAGGACAUUUUUAUGGCCGAGGAAAGUUCUAUGUGCACCUGUACACGUACAUCAACGAGUGUUUAAAGACAAAUAUGCCACCUGUCGGAACAUCACUGGUUAUGACGUGCCUCACCUCGGUUUCUAAAGAUGACCCAUUUUAUUUGUGCAUCGCCUGUCAGGAUUUUUUUUAUCAGUCUGAUGUCCAGAAUCAUUUUGAAUCCCGAAAGCAUCUCAUCAGCACUCAGUUGUAUGUGAAUCCCUGGCUGCUGCCUUUUGCCUGGGAGGAAGACCUGGACGACAGGGCCCUGAGGUGGACGGCAUGGAAGGAGGGACAAAAUCGAGGCCAGAUCUUCCUGAAGAUUUUUGAUGUUCCAUACUCAGUAUUUCAUUGCCUUGACUCUCAGUACGAAGAAGUAUUUCACAGCCUUCAAGUGCAGUAUCGUGGUUUUAUGCAUAAAGUUCCACAGAGCAAGACGUACAGCAAAGACAAACAGAACGAACAGUUUCCUCUGCUAGGCCAAGGGUUCCUCGUUCUACACUACGUGGGCGUCGCACCGAACGAGGUGGAGGUGGGAUGCCUGUGUUUGCUCUGUGAAAGGAGGGUGUACAAAGAGGAAAUUGAAGCUCACGUCUUCAGUCGGGAACACGUAUCAACAUUUCUGGACUGUUUUCAUCCAGACUCACUGACUUCCUGUACUGUCGAUGCUGAAACGCUUCUGGACUUGGCAAAGCAAGCAGCAACGCUUCACUCUCCGUCAUGCAUGCAGAAAAUUUUGUUGGACGAACCAAUCUGGGAUUCAUGCAGUUACCAAGAAGCAAAGAUGAUCUUGACAAAUGCAAAAUGGACAACAGAUAAUGAAAAUCUUGUACCUCCAAUAAACCCAAUGCGGAAACUGGUUCCCAGGAUCCCUCCAAAACACAUUAGCAAACAGCAAAAGACAGAUGACCAGAAAACAUGCACCGUCACUGACACGAAAGAAAAAGAACAAAGUAGUGGCAAGGAGGCACUGUCCAGAGAAACCGAAGCUGCUGCAGAAAAAGAAGGAUGUCAAAAAGUGUGUCUGAAGGAUUUAGAAAAUGAAAGAGAGACAGUUCUGUCAGUGAAGUUGAGCACAGAAGAGGCUACGACUGAAAACCCAAAGGAGACGGUCGUGGAGAGCCACAAAAAUACUGAAGAGAAUAACAGUGCUCUGACUAAACCAGAAGGCAGCUCAAGAAUCAAACCGGAAGCAACGCAACAACAAAAAAACGAGAGGAAAAGGUCAAUGACUCCAGAUGAAACCGGUGGAAAUGGAUCCAAAAUGAGCCCAAAAAGACAGCGGCUCUCCUCCAACGAGUCGUGUUUUGAAGAGUCCACCAAAAUGUCACCAGAAAGUGGCACAAAAGUGAUUAGCACAAAUGCAGCUGAUAAGGAAGAGGAUCACAAGAAGGCGGUGUGUUCUUCCAAUGAGCGAGGCACAUCCGAUAAAAAACCCACAAGCAACACAGAUCAACGGAAAUCAUCCCUCUCUGAGAACUCCCACACUUCACCUGUACCAAAAAGUAACAAAGAUCCCGCCGACGGGAGAAGCGAUGCUGGUUCAAGUCCUCGAAGCACAAACACAAAAUAUAAAGCAGACGUUUCUCCAACCAAAACGAAGUCGUUAACGUUUGAAGCGUCUACUAAAUCUGAAAAACCAAGAGCAGUUCCUUCCACCACUCCAACGAACACGUUGAAAUCUACCACAGGCCCUCACACACAGACAAAAACCGCUUCCACCACUUCAAAAACAUCCACUCCACAGUCCCAAACAGGGUCCGUGACACCGAAAAGUAAAACGCCAUCUAAAGAAAUAUGCAGCGCUGCAUCCUCGUCUGACCCCGGAUCUGCAGCGACGCUUAAACCCGAACAGCCUCUCAAAUCCAAAGAUCCAGCAGCACCUAAGACUAAGGAAGCAUCAUCUGCCACUUCUGAAAUGGCUAAAGCACAAGUCAUAAACCUAAAUGCCAAAUCAUCUGUAAACACAUUGACGAGGGGAAACCCUGACUCUGAAACGGCGGCUCACAAGAGGAAACCGCCGGCCUCUCUUCACCAGAAACCAGAAGAAAUCAAGAAGGUGCGGAAUGACCUCCCUCAUGUUGCUUCGAGCAAGACGACGCUAGGUGGAAACUUUCCUAAAGUUGGAAAGAACUACCUGGUUGUGGUGUCCUGUGAACAAAAGCAGCAGGUCUACUGUCUGCUGUGUUCAGUCAGACUGAUUGCGUCCAGCCACCUGAUGGACUCUGUCCACCAGUACAAAUAUGUGAAACUGAAAUAUCCUGAAUGGCCUGGGAAUGAGAAGAUGGAAAACGAGUUAAACCGCAUCGUUCACAAGUUGGCAAACGUCGACAAAGAGUUGCCUCACACUCAGAUUUUUCAGAGAUUGGAGGUGAAAAAAGAUACGUACCAAACACUGGGACAACUCCCAGACCACUUGGCUAUAGAAACAGUGAAAACGCUAGUGAAACAAAGAGACCUGAAGCCCUCAUCGUCUCCCUCAGUCGAUAACACGGAGCGUCCUUCCAAGGACAUUUCCAGUCCCUGUGACGUUUCAAGCUCAGGUGAUUGGAUCCCAGUGUUUCACGAUGAAAUGUCAGACGCUGCAGACGGCCAUCAGCUCUGGGCAAGCCUGGACCAAGCGUCGGAAAUGGAGUGCGUCGAUGAAGAUGUUUUGUCUGCAGGUCAAUCAUUUAGCGAAAAGAGCUCAGAUGAGGAAGAUUUGCAAGUGGAUGAAGAGAUCCAGGUUGUAGCUGAGACCAUGCAGACCCAGGAUCCACAACAAGUCUUGGAUCGAUGUGCUCAAGCUGAAGAUACAGCAGAGACGAUCCUGAAAAGUGCAGAAAGUUGUUGUCCAGCCGAGUUACAGAGACACCAGAGGUCAAGUGGUGAAGAUCUAGAAGCACAAAAUCUGAUUCAGGAGCACCAACCAUCAAUGACUGACAAGAGCAUUAACCCAAAUCCCGUUCCAGACGAUGAAGCUGAAGAUGUAGCAGAAACUCCCCAGCUGAAUCGGCUGAAGGUGCAAGAUGACGGUCGGUCUCAUCGUAAAGUCACACUUGUCGUGGCAGGACAGCAGAACCAGUCAGGCCACAAAGCCGAACCGGCUCCUAUGCUUCACUUACGAUCUGAAGAGCACAGAUCGUCACAGGCAAACUCCACUACUUUGACUGGAAAAAUUUUUCCACGAUCGAGUGAUUUGCACAUUUUCCUGACGGCAAGUAAUCAGGAUCCUAAUAAGGUUGCUGGCAGGGCGUAUGUGUGGGAGUGUCAUAGUUCAUAUCAGAAAACCUUCCUGUGCGAAGCGUGUGAAGAGAUGCUCUCAUCCCGAGAUAUCUGUCAGCAUAUGGUCAGCCUCAACCACCAGCUCAAUUACUUGCGGAAGGAGGACCAAAGGUUCCUGGACAUGUUUUGGCUGCAGGACGACUUACCUCUGGACUUUAAAAAUCAGGUUUUAAUGGAUGUUAUCCAGGCACUGUCAAAGCGGGAGAAGGCUCUUAAUGUUGAGCCAAAGUUCAUAUGGCUGACACCUGAGUUGCAUAAAGUUCUCCUAGCAACUCCUUUCAGUAAAGCAUUAGAAAUUUUGAAAAGCAUCAGAGAUGAAGAUUUGAGAGUUUUUCAUCCAUCUGCCUAUGCUGGCCAUCAGACGAGCGAGCGUCACAAAAACGGACAGCAGACUGCAGGGCCGCAGAGCAUACAGGAGUCUCUUCCUGCAAAUUGCAUGUCGGCUCAAAUACUAGAAAAAGACCAAAGAAGGGAAAUGGCUAAUCAGAAUCCAGAUAAAGCACAUCCUAAAGAACCAACCCUGGCUGAAAGUUUUGCUGCAGUUGGAAGUGGAAGAACCUCGAGGAUGGAUGUAAUCUCUUCCUCUUCAAAGACUGACCAUGCUGUCCUUCCAGACCCAAAUGUUUGUGCACAAAACCUAAGGCCUCUAGAAGUGAAUCCUCCAAACUUAAAAGUUGAUCCUGUUGUUCCUUCAAGCUCCACUGCUGUAGCUCUCAGUCUAGAGCCCUGCAGUAGUUCUCUCCAGCCACACGACACAUCUUCCGUCUCUCAGGUUGAAGGAAGCCCUCGUCCUCAAGAGCUGAAUGUUCCUUACUCCAAACAUAACCUUGUUGUUCCUUCAUGUCCCCCAAAUCCCAAUCUAAACACAAGUAUUGGUGGUCCUCUACAGCCAGGAUUCAAUCCGGGUGUCUGUCAGCUCAGACGAAACUCUGGUCCUCUUGAAGUGAACUCCAACUCAGUAACUGAUCUGAUUCCUUCAAGCUCUGUAAAUCUCGAUCAACUGAUCAGAAGUGUUCCUUUACUGAGAGAUAUAAACCCUACGCAUCAAAAUUUCUGGCAAUUUACUUCAGAGCUAGUCUCUGUGAUGAAGACUUGCAAUCAGCCAGCUUUAAAUACUGCUGAAAGUAGAGAGGGCAUGAAGAUGAGCCAUUCACUUGUUGUUCCUCAAGGAAAUGCUAUCGUUCCCACUGCUGACCUCAGAGAGCCACACAGGUUACUCAUCAGUGUUCCUAAGGACAUCAGCAAAAUUGGAAAGCCAGAGCCCAGUGAGACUGGGAUCAAUCAGCUGCCCAUUAAUACCAUCAUAACUUCCAGGUCGAGCCACAUUAAGCAGACGUUUAAAGGCCAAACUCGCACUGACGUGAGUAGACGGCAACUGCCGCCAACACCUAGCCACACUGAGACUGUGGCGUCUCCAGGAGGCGUCAACCCUUACAUCCAGCCUGCCUAUCUCCCAAGUGUGCAUCUGGGUUCUGCUCCAACACAGAGCCAGAUUCCCCUCGAUGCUUUUAGAAUUUACCAGCAGUACGUGUAUCCAAGCCAAAGCUACUUUCAGCCGGUAGUGAACCCCAUGAACAUGCCUUCAUUCGGUUACAGUUUAGCGGAGCAGAUGCCUGUAGUUUGGACGAAUGCCGAUAUGCAGAUGUACUAUUCCAGGAGGCCAGAAAGUGAGCAAUGACUUCACCCAAUUUUUUGUCUUUUUUUUUUUUUUUUUUUUUAAUGCUGACCAAUCUCUUCAGCUCAGUUUGGUGCUUUCUUUUUUUAAUUCCAGAGCUCUGUCUAACAUAAAUAUAACUUCAUAUUGUGGAGUCAGUGUUACCUUGUUAAAACAAGUAGGUGUUUAUCUUCUGACCUAUUUCAAAGGCUAUAAGUGAGCUUUCUAUGAAGAGGUUUUCCGACUUCAAAAUAGUGUUAAGCUACCUCAGUAUUUUUGUGCAUGUGAUUUUUUUUAUUUUUUAUUUUUUUUAUAAACUGGCAUAUUUCUUGUUUGAUGUAUCUAUCUGUUCAAUGUAAAAUAUGUUUUAUUUCAUUGGUGUAUAUGAAUAAAAUGUAUGUUUUGUCUACUUUUUUAAA